CCCAGCUUUUCCACGUAGUGUGUUUACCAAGUACAGAUUGUCUGCCGGUUUGUGUGUUUAAUUUGUCUAUAUUAGGAACCAUAUAGUUACCUUUUGAAUUAGUAGUUUUUGGUUUUAAUGUGUCUCACGUACUGGAAUGUCAAAAUAUUGUAGUUUUCCUAUAUGUUGUAAUUGAUUUUUGGUCAUCACUGUUGGCCAGUUAGCUUGCUAGCUAACUUAUCAGGUGAAAUUGCACAGGACUCCAUCUUGGAACUCCUAACAGGUAUCAGGAUGGUGGACAAGAAUAUAUACAUUGUUCAAGGGGAAAUCUGUACUGUUGUAGGUGCCAUCAAGAGGAAUUCAAGGUGGAAUACCCAUACUCCUUUGGAUGAGGAACAAGAUCCAUUGCUUAACAGCUUCAGCCACCUGAAGGAGAUUCUCAACAAUAUAAAAGAGCUAUCAGAUGUGGAGCCCAACGUAUUCCUGCGGCCCUUCCUGGAGGUGGUACGAUCUGAAGACACCACCGGACCAAUCACAGGCCUGGCCCUCACCUCUGUCAACAAGUUCCUUUCCUACGGCCUCAUAGAUGCUAACCACGAGGCGGCGGCGGAGGCCAUCGAGAACAUGGCGGACGCCGUCACACACGCCAGAUUCGUAGGGACGGACCCCGCCAGCGAUGAAGUAGUGCUCAUGAAAAUCCUACAGGUCCUGAGGACUUUGCUGCUCACGCCCGUAGGAGCCCACCUGACCAACGAGUCUGUGUGUGAGGUCAUGCAGUCGUGUUUCCGCAUCUGCUUCGAGAUGCGCCUCAGCGAGCUCCUGAGGAAAUCAGCCGAACACACACUGGUGGACAUGGUGCAGCUGCUGUUUUCCAGACUACCCCAGUUUAAAGAGGAGGCCAAAAGUUUUGUGGGAGCCAACAUGAAGAAGCUGAAGAUGCGUGCUGGUGGGAUGAGUGAGUCAUCAAAGUGGAAGAAGCAGAAACGCUCGCCCCGGCCCCCCCGUCACAUGGUUAGAAGCGCCUCGGGCGGGUUGGAGCAGGCCCCUACCACCACCCUCAGCAACAACAACCUCUCUGGUGGUGUCCCGUUCAUCGAGCAGGGUAGUUUGUCUGUCUCGGACAGCGUGGCCUCCUCCAUGUCCAGCCCCACAGACAGCGGCCUGGACACCUGCUCCAAGACCACCUCCAGAGAGGACCUGACAGACCUGGACCAGAGCAGCUCCGCUGACACCACCCCUUCCACAGAGCCUGGACGCCUGGACACUCAGUCUGAGGGGAGGCAGGUGGAGCGUGCCAAGUCAGCCUCGGUGGAGUCCAUUCCUGAGGUCCUAGAGGACGGAGACUCUGUGACGGAGCAGUCGGACUCAGCCUCAUUACAUGACAUGGACUACGUCAACCCCAGAGGAGUCCGCUUCACACCACAGCAAACACAGAGAGACGGUGAGGAUGGUGCGGCUCUCGUCCCCUACGGCCUGCCCUGUCUGCGGGAGCUCUUCCGCUUCCUCAUCUCGCUGACCAACCCCCAUGACCGCCACAACACGGAAGCCAUGAUGCACAUGGGCCUGCAGCUGCUGACCGUGGCUCUGGAGGCGGCCCACAUAGCCCCCUACCAGUCACUGCUGGGCCUGGUCAAAGACGAGCUUUGCAGACACCUCUUCCAGUUGCUAAGUGUGGACCGUAUGAACCUGUAUGCCGCCUCCAUACGAGCGUGCUUCUUGCUCUUUGAGAGCAUGCGAGGACAUUUGAAGUUUCAGCUUGAGAUGUAUCUGAAGAAGCUGAUGGACAUCAUCACUUCAGAGAACAUGAAGAUGCCCUAUGAGAUUAAGGAGAUGGCCCUGGAGGCCCUGGUGCAGCUCUUGAGGAUCCCCAGCUUCGUCACCGAGCUCUACAUCAACCACGACUGUGACUUCUACUGCUCCAACCUGUUUGAAGACCUCACCAAGCUGCUCUCCAAGAAUGCCUUCCCUGUGUCCGGACAGCUCUACACAACCCACCUCCUCUCACUAGAGGCCCUACUGACGGUGAUUGACAGCACUGAGGCCCACUGCCAGGCCAAGGUGCUCAACAGCACCGCUCAGCAGGACCAAUCAGCAGAAACUGUGUUAGCAGAAGGGGAGGGCUCAACCAAUGACCGUACAGACACAACCACGGAUGCGAGCAGGCAGGUGAACAGUGCCAAUGGUCAGAAUGUUCCAGAGGCUGACAGCGUGCCCCUACCACCUACCAGUGGGCACCUGAUGGCAGAGAAGAUGAGACUGGGCAGACAAGACCAGGAGGAGACAGAACCAGCUGAAAAGAAAGAACCGAAAAAGCCACAACGCUUCUCGUCUUGUUUACCUGAUUCUCAAGAGCUGUUGGACAUCAGAAGUAAAAAGAAGCUGCUGAACAGCGGCACAGAACAGUUCAACCAGAAGCCUAAGAAGGGCAUCCAGUUCCUGCAGGAGAAGGGUCUGCUCAGCAGCCCCAUGGACAACAACGAGGUGGCCCAGUGGCUCCGGGAGAACCCCCGCCUCGACAAGAAGCAGAUCGGAGAGUUCAUCAGUGACCGCAAACACAUGGAGCUACUGGACAGCUUCGUCAACACGUUCACCUUCCGAGGGCUGCGUAUUGACGAGGCGCUGCGUCUGUAUCUGGAGGCCUUCAGGCUGCCAGGAGAGGCUCCGGUCAUCCAUAGACUUUUGGAAACCUUCACAGACACCUGGCAUAAAGUGAACGGCUCUCCCUUCAUGACCAACGACGCAGGCUUCGCCUUGGCCUACGCUGUCAUCAUGCUCAACACGGACCAGCACAACAACAACGUGCGCAAGCAGAACAUCCCCAUGACAAUUGAGCAAUUCAAGAAGAAUCUGAAGGGUGUGAAUGGAAAUACAGACUUCGAUCAGGAUAUGCUGGAGGACAUCUACAAUGCAAUCAAGAAUGACGAGAUAGUGAUGCCAGACGAGCAGUCCGGCCUGGUCAAGGAGAACUAUGUGUGGAGCGUGCUGCUCCACCGGGGGGCCACCUCCGAGGGGGUCUUCCUCCAUGUGCCCGCCGGCAGCUACGACCACGACCUGUUCACCUUGACCUGGGGGCCCACCAUCGCAGCCCUCUCCUACGUCUUCGACAAGAGCCUGGACGACACAAUCAUCCAGAAGGCUAUCGCUGGCUUCAGGAAAUGUGCCAUGAUAUCAGCUCAUUAUGGAUUCAGUGACGUUUUUGAUAAUUUGAUCAUCUCCCUCUGCAAGUUUACAACACUCAGCAGUGAGUCGGUGGAGAACCUGCCCACGGUGUUUGGGAGUAACGGGAAGGCCCAGAUAGCGGCGAAGACGGUAUUCCACCUGGCCCACCGGCACGGUGACAUCCUGAGGGAGGGCUGGAAGAACAUCAUGGACUCCAUGCUGCAGCUGUUCAGAGCUGAGCUGCUGCCCAAGGCCAUGGUGGAGGUGGAGGAUUUUGUGGAGCCAAAUGGAACGAUUUCCCUUCAAAGAGAAGAGACACCGUCAAAUCGGGGUGAGUCUGCGGUGUUGAGCUUUGUGAACUGGCUGACUCUGAGUGGAGCGGAGCAGUCUGGUCAACGUGGGCCCUCUACUGAGAACCAGGAGGCCAAGCAGGCAGCCAUGUUCUGUAUCAAGCAAUGUGACCCAGAGAAGCUGAUCACAGAGAGUAAAUUCCUGCAGCUGGAGUCUCUACAGGAGCUGAUGAAGGCUCUGAUCUCAGUCACACCUGAUGAGGAGACGUAUGAUGAGGAGGAUGCUGCAUUCUGCCUGGAGAUGCUGCUACGCAUAGUCAUGGAGAACAGGGACCGCGUGUCGUGUGUAUGGCAGACGGUGCGGGAUCACCUGUGCCACCUGUGUGUCCAGGCUACAGAGAGCUGCUUCCUGGUGGAGAGGGCCGUGGUGGGCCUCAUCAGACUGGCCAUCCGCCUGCUGCGCAGAGAGGACAUCAGCUCCCAGGUGCUGCUGUCCCUGCAUCUCCUGCUAAUGAUGAAACCACACGUCCUGGCCCGGGUUAGCCGGGAGGUGGCCUAUGGCCUCCAUGAGCUGCUCAAGACCAAUGCUGCCAACAUCCACUGCACAGACGACUGGUUCACCCUUUUCUCCCUAAUCGAGUGCAUCGGGGCCGGGAUCAAACCCCCUGCCUCCUUCCAGGUCACCUCCACUAGCCCAGACAUCGACACAGGUGCCCAGUCGGACAGUGAGCUGUCGUUCCACCACCCUAGUGAGGUGAGUCUGGACCGGGGGUACACCUCAGACUCAGAGGUCUACACGGAGCACGGAAAGUCCAGGAUGCCCCGCUCUGUCACUGACGUGGACGUGGCCAGCAGCGGAUGGCUGGUGGUUGGGAAAGAUGACCUGGACAUCAGCAAGGUAGCGGCCUCUGGCUCCAAGACCCUGCUAAACCCUCUAGUGAACCAGUACAGCCUGACCCUGGGCCAAGACAUGGGCUUCCACGACACCAAGUCUCUCAUCAAGUGUGUGGAGUCCCUCUCCUUCAUAGUACGCGACGCUGCACACGUCACCCCCGAGAACUUUGAGCUGUGUGUCAAAGCCAUCCGGGUGUUUGUGGAGGCCAGCCUAAACGGAGGCUAUAGGACGUAUGAGAAGAAGAAGAACCACAAGUACGACUCCCAGAAGUCCCGUGUGAGGAGGAAGCCCCGGGAGAAGGAAGGGACAUCCCGCCGCGCCAAGGCCUCCAGCCAGAGGCCCUCCCGUUCCCAUAGCGAUGACGAGGAGGACGAGGGGGUCCCUGCCAGCUACCACACGGUGUCAUUACAGGUUAGUCAGGACCUGUUAGAUCUGAUGCACACGCUGCAUACGAGGGCCUCCAGCAUAUACAGCUCCUGGGCAGAGGAACAGCGCCACCUGGAGCCUGCAGGGAAGAAGAUUGAGGCUGACUCCCAGACACUUUGGACCAGCUGCUGGUGCCCACUGCUCCAAGGGAUAGCCUGGCUGUGCUGCGACGCCAGGCGGCAGGUGCGAAUGCAGGCCUUGACCUACCUCCAGAGGGCACUGUUGGUCCAUGACCUGCAGACACUAGAUGCUGUGGAGUGGGAGUCCUGCUUCAACAAGGUGCUGUUCCCCCUGCUGACCAAGCUUCUGGACAAUAUUAGCCCUGCAGACGUGGGAGGCAUGGAGGAGACCAGGAUGAGGGCUUGCACCAUGCUGUCAAAGGUGUUCCUACAGCACCUCUCUCCCCUGUUGUCUCUGUCCACCUUCGCUGCCCUGUGGCUCACCAUCCUGGACUUCAUGGACAAGUACAUGCACGCUGGCUCCAGUGACCUGCUGCUGGAGGCCAUCCCAGAGUCUCUGAAGAACAUGCUGCUGGUGAUGGACACAGCAGGAAUCUUCCACAGCGCUGACUCUCGUACGGGAUACUCUGACCUGUGGGAGAUCACUUGGGAACGCAUCGACUGCUUUCUGCCUAACCUCCGGGAAGAGCUCUUCAAACAGACAGUCAUACCACAACCAGAUCCUGCUCCUAGUUCCCCAGUCGAGCUUGCCCAGCCGGCUGCCCCCGGCCCCCCAGCCUCGCCACCCUCAGCCCAGGCCCCAUCUCCUGUGCCAGUGCCAGCUGCCCCCACAGAGCCAAAGACCUCCAGCAGACCAGUGUCGCCUCAAGAUCCCCCACCACCUAGUACCAACGGAAUAGACAGAUCAUCUCCAGUGCCCCCGUCGACUCCCCCCAUGCCCACCCCAGUGAAGAUGUCCCCCCAGAUCUCUAGGCCACUGAUCCAGUCCCCCACGAGUCAGUCCCCCCUCAUCCUGCAGCCCCUGGCCUCCCAUCUGCAGGUGGGGGGCGUGCCCCCUAUGUCCCUCCCCAUCAUCCUCAACCCUGCCCUCAUUGAGGCCAGCUCCCCUGUCCCCCUGCUCCCCGCCCCCCCGCCCCACUGACCCUAGUGACACCCCAGAGGUCAAAUAGAGCCUCCAUAGCCCUAUGCCUACUCUCACAUUGGGAACUCCAUCCCCCACCUGUUCUCUAAACAACAUAGCUUUCUCCUUAGGCUCUGCCCACCUUCACAGGGGGGAUAGACCAUCUGUGACACAGAGAGAGACCCUGGACAUGCAUGGCCACCUCUCAGACACAUCUAGCUUUGAAGUCUUAUCUAACAUCCUGGGGCCUGCAUUUUUUGGAACUCCGUCGGGGUCUCAACUUACUUUUGAGAGUUAGAUUAGUAGAAGACACAAGGCGCAAGUUUGAAAUUUGGUUGUGCAUUAGCAGUUUUUCUCUUGUUUUGUCAGUCACUGACUGUCACUCAAUUAGCCAUGUCGU